GAAAGAAAGGAGUGGUCCCGUAUGAAGACCAGAGGCAGAGACAUCAUUAGUGGACGCAGUGAAUACAUUGUGAGCUAUGAGACAGUGACACAGACUGAAGUGCAUUACGCGCGUCCAGUCAUCAUUCUUGGGCCUAGCAAGGAUCGCGUUAAUGACGAUCUUUUGUCCAUGUUCCCGGACAAGUUUGGGUCCUGUGUUCCACACACGACGCGGCCGAAACGCGACUAUGAGGUGGACGGACGUGAUUAUCACUUUGUGUCGUCAAGGGAACAGAUGGAGAAAGACAUUCAGAGUCACAGAUUCAUCGAGGCUGGACAAUAUAACGGCCACCUGUACGGGACCAGCGUCCAGAGUGUGAGACAGGUCGCAGAGCAGCAGGGGAAACACUGUAUUCUGGAUGUUUCUGCUAAUGCUGUGAGGAGAUUACAGGCUGCUCAAAUUCACCCCAUCGCCAUCUUCAUCAGACCCUCCUCACUGCAGAAUAUACUAGAUAUCAGCAAACGUUUGUCUGAAGAACAAGCCAGAAGAGCUUUAGACAGAGCCGUGAAACUGGAGCAAGACUUCAUCGAGUGUUUCUCAGCGAUCGUGGAGGGCGACAGCUUUGAGGAGAUCUUCCAUCAUGUGAAGUCUGUGAUGGAGGAACAUUCUGGACCAUAUAUCUGGAUUCCAGCGAGAGAGAGACUGUAAAACACACAUGUGAUGAGAGAAUAUGCCCAGCAACAUCACAACAGAACAACUUCCAUGAAGAUAUCUCGGGAGCAAAGAUUAAGACCAAAUAUCAUUUUGUGCUGGACAUGUUCUUGAGAUGUCAUAUUGUGUGUGUGUGUGUGUGUGUGUGUGUGUGUGUGUACAUGAGCCGUUGCUACUGACGACAACAACGAUGAUGUUUACAGGGGUGUUUCCGUGGUGACUGUAACACAAUGUCAGAGACAAUAUAGACAUGAUACAUGAGCACUUUACUAACACACACACACGAAACACUGAUGUGUGUGUCUAAUUGUGAUGUGUCUCUAUAGGGCUACUAUUUAAAUAUAAUAAACACUUUAACUGCACAGGGAGAGAAACGUGUGUGUGUGUGUGUGUGUGUGUGUGUUUGGGCGUGUGUGCGAAUGUGUAUGCGUGCGUGUUUGUGUUUGUGUGCGAGUGUGUAUGUGUGUAUGUGUGCGAGUGUUUGUGUGUGAGUGAGGGCAAGUGUGUGUGUGAGUCUUAGUGUGUAUAUGUGUGUGUGCAAGUGUUUGUGUGUGAGAGAGUGAGUGUGUGUGUGCGAGUGUAGGCGUGAGAGUGUGUGUGUGAGAGCAUUAGAUUAAUAUUCUUAGUGACAGAUAUUUUAUGAUUUGUGUGUGUGUGUGAGUGUGUGAUGUACUGUUGAUGAUUAUUAUAAAUAUAUACAUAUAUUGCUGUACAGCUGUACAUAGACUCUGAUGAUAUGAACCAAUGGGGCUUUAAACACAUGAUCACUGCACUUCUCUGAGCCAAAACGACCCACAAUCCACCUCACUGCCCACAUGAACACACAACACACGUCUGUCAUUCUCUAACAUUCAACCAGAGUGACUUCAGUGUUUGUGCGAAUAUGAUGAUUCAGUUUGUCAUUUACCCUCAUGGAUGUGGCGAGGGAACAGUCGCUCUGUAGAAUAUGAAAUAUAUGGAUUCAUAAAUAUAUGUCCUGUUGUAAACUAGCUCUAAAAUACCGAGAUGACAUUCAAAUGUUAAUAAUCGCACAGGUGACGAAGUGGAUUUAUGAACUGUUGUAGCUCAUUAUAAUAUGUGUGUUCAGUGAUGCAGAUGGGAACCAUGGCAACAGAUGCUUUGUGAAG